AAAUGUGAAUUCAUAAGCAAAUUUUUUGGUUAUUAUUAGUUAUUCUUAUAUUUUUAAUAAGGGAAUAUAGAAACUGAAUUAAUUAUGAAUAUAUUUUAUUCAACAUGGAAAGUAAUACAGUCGAGGCAUUACAAUCAGAAUUGGAUUUCUAUAGACAAAACCAAUCAGUAGUAGAACAAGAGAUAAGAAAGUUAAUAACUGAUAAUCAAAAGCUUUCUCAACAAGUGGGAUCUCUUCUGAAGGAAAAGUUAGAAUGUACCCAGCAGUGUUUUGACAACGAUCUGAGUAGAGAGGUGGAAGAAUUAAAGAGACAAGUAGCAUUAUUGACAAAGGAAAGAGAUUCAUUGCACGUAUUAUGGCAGACAUCUCAAAAGACCAUAGAAGCAUUGGAUACAGAACUGAAGGCAUACCAACAUUAUGAUAACAGAUUGGGAAAGCAGCUUAACUACAAAGAUGAAAAUCGCGACUUGGAAUUGAAAUUAGAAACAGCACUUGCUGACUAUGUUGAAUUGGAAUCAAAAUACAAGAAAAUAAUUUCGGAAAGAAAUUUUCUUGAAACUGAAUUAAAAAACAAAGAAAAAGAAAUAGCCACUUAUAAAGAGAAAUGUAGUAACUUAGAAGUGUCGUUGGAAAAUCAAAGAAAAACGCUAGAUGAGUUGAAAAUAAAUUCAAUAGCUGAAAGGAAAAAUAAUGAGGAUAUAAAAAAUCAACUUGCAACUUGCCAAAAAAAUUGCAUCGAACACGUGAAAAAGGAAACAGAAGCGAAAGCAAAGGUAGCAGAAGCUCUACAACUUUUCGAUACUGUAAACGUUCAAAAGAAUGAAGCAAUGAGAAAAGUCUCGGUACUAACAGAGGAAUUAACAAAGGUUAAACAAUCAUUGGCAGCGGUAAAGCGAGACGUGGAAAUGGAUUACAAGACCGAAUUAGAUGAAAUCAAAGAUAAGUACAAUGAAAAAGUAUCAGAUAUGUUGGGACACGUAAGAAAUUUAGAUAUGGAGUUGGUCGAGAAAGGAUUGUUACUAAAUAAAGCUUUACGGGAAAUUAAAAUACUGCAAGCAGCAAACGAAAGCAUCGUGGAACAGCAAAAUGAAAAUGCCAAAACAAUCGAUCCGAAGUUGGCGGUGGCAGAGCAAAAACUCGAUGCUGUGUUCCAAGAAUUGGUAACAUCGGAACGGCGGAACAUACAAUUGGUUUGUGAAAAACAAGGAUUAGCGAUGGACAUUCAAAGGAUUCAGGACGCCUACGCAAGGGAAACUAAACGAAGGGAUUGGGAAGAGAAAUUGUUGAAGACACAAUGUUCAGAGUUGAAGUUACAAGUGGAACACCUCCAAAAGUCUCUGAACGAAACGCAUGAGAUGGUAAAUAAAUUGCAAAGCAUGAUGUCAUCUCGAACGGAGCUUAGCGAAAAAAUGGUAUCAACAAAGGAAGAAGAGUUAACGGAGUUAAAUAAACAUUUGGAGAAUCAAAUGGAACUGAACAAAAAGUGGAGAGAAUCCUAUGUGGAUAUGAAUGAAAAAUUAAAGAAGAAGUUAGAGGCUUUGUAUAAAGAGAAUAAAGAUUUACGCACCCAAAUGAACUUGCCUCACAGUAGCUCCACAGAUAGUAUUGCUAGUUGAUAAAAUAUA